CAUAAUCACGCGAGUGGCGCGCAUAUUUAUUUAAUUUUUCCAAAUUAUCAAUGAAUAUUUUGUUGUAAAAAUAUUUCAAGAACACUUGUGAUCACCAUGUCGUACGCUAUUGUCCGUCAUUUGCGUAGAACUAUUCUAAGUUCCCAAUCAAUAAGGCUCGAGACCACCGUGACAAGCCUUACCCAGGAAGAAUUUGUUUUCAAGCCUCCUGUAACCCAAUGGAACAAAUUAAUAAGAGAAGCUGAGAAAAUUGUUGGAUAUCCUACCUCCUUCAUGAACCUACGGUGGUUACUGAGCGAUGAGUUCGCCAAUUUAGCUAUACAUUUAAGAAAAAUUGUUGGCAGUAACCAUCCAAUAGUAAAGACAGCAAGAACACUUUUAUACAAUGAGCACAACAAUCUCCAGCCAUGGGGAUUGGUUAUUUUGCUGCUGUCCAAAGCGAUAAGCACUCCUAACGACACCUUACAGACCCCUACACUCAUUGAGAAGCAGAGGAUGCUGGCCGAGCUCACCGAAAUGAUCAGAACAGGCCACUACAUCCACCGGGGGCUCCUCAACAUGCCCCUAGAAGAACAAGACAGUACCAAAGAAACAUCAAUGUUCGCUAACAAGAUUGCUAUUCUCAUUGGAGACUACUUGCUGGUGACCGCUAAUGGUAUGCUAGCCCGCUUAAGGAACCAGGAUUUAUCACAUCUAAUAUCCACAGCGCUGAGGGACUUAAGCGAAGGGGAGUUCUACGGGACCCGAGAUGAACAAAACAUGCCUUUGCCUGGAAAGCCUGUCCAGAAUAAAAAUGAUUUCCUUAAAAUUUCAUGUGAAACAGUUCCUCUGGAUGUUACCGAUGUGUCUGGUUCUCCCAAAAGGGAGUGGGUUUUACGGACUAUGUACAAUGGUGGGACACUAUUUGGACGUGGGUGUGAGGGUGCACUGUUACUGGCAGGCAAAAGUGAAGAGGAGCAGAAAAAGGCCUACCUCUUUGGCUGCCAUUUGUGCCUGGCAUGGCAAGCUGCCAGUGAGCUGCAGAAGUUUGCUGAGGACUCCAAGGAACCUUUCUCAGUAGUCAGUGCACCAGUUUUGUUUGCCCUAAGUGAAAAUAAUGAACUAUUUAAACAGUUUGAAAAUACUAAAAGCAUUACGAGCAUUGACCUCGAAAACUUGAAAAAUGAAGUCUUUAAAACUAAAGCUUUAGAAAAGACUAGAGAACUGCACAGAGAGAAUGUGGAAAAAGCUAUAAGUUACAUAGAUAUGUUUGGAGACAACCAGUCUACACAAACUAUAAAAAAACUAAUAGACAGUGUUUGAUACUAAAUAUUUUAUACCAGAAACAGCAAUAA